CAAUAUUUUGCUUGUUUUGAUAUCUCUUUUCUUGGUUCUGGUUGUUUAUGGAGGUUGUAAUGCAGAAUCAUGUUGAAUUGGUGUCAAGUUCAGAGAUUAGGAAUUAGUUUUGAUUGUGUUGGAGUCACAGAACUGACUUGACUUUCUCUACCGUAUCUUAAUUAAUGGGUUGAACCUUUAGGUCAAUUUUAAUUCUCUCUUUCCAUGACUGGGUCUCUUGAACAUAUUAUGGUUUGUUGAAUUUUUUCUUAAAAAUUAAUUACUUCCAUCUUUGUAAGACUUUGUCAAAGAUUCAGUCACUGUUUCUCAUGUCAUAAAUAAGGUAUCCAAUGCCCAUGUUAAUUGCCUUAAAUUCAUGUGGGAUAUCUUAUUCAUAUGCAAUUCGUGGGCAAUACCACAGCACUAUUAACAAUUAUGGUACUUUUUUUUACCAUGAAUUCGAUACUAUUUCUCUGAUUGAUUGAUAUCUGGAUAUGUCUUUUGACUGCAAAAAAACUAUUUAUCCCUUAUUUUUCACCAUGAGCAGGCUCGUCUUUCAUAUGAGAUUUGGAACUGGUUUACAAUUACAAAAUUUUCUUUUUCAUUUUUCAGAUUUGUAUGCUUCAAUGACAAGACAAUACAUGCUGAUUGGGACAACUAAUCGGAGUUCACAAGUACCAAAAUUUGGUAAGUGGGAUGAUGGGGAAGAUGUCCCGUAUACGACCUAUUUUGACAAUGCAACGAAGGCUAAAUUUGAGAGGAUGAAUCCGAAUGAUCCUUCUCUUCACCGAGAGGAGAUUUCAGACACAGUAAGGUCAAACUAUGAGCAACACAAAAUCAAAGAAGGUGGUGUUGUGAGGAGGCAAACCGAGUCUCCAUUACACCAUGAUGCUCUGGAAAUGCCUGGUUGGGAUUAUAAUGGUAUAAAAUCAGCAAAGAGUCGGGGUCAACAAGCAUCUAGGCCAAAGCAUGCACAAGAAGAUUUGAGCUUGGAAGAUGGUAACAUGAAGAAACAUCUUGAUUCCCCUCUGAACCAUCAAUCGACAGGUCAGGUUAGCUUUAACUCGCCUCUUCAUCAACGUCAAGGUAACAACAAUGGGACCAGUAAUUCAUCGAAAAGGACUAUGAGAAAUGGUGCAGGUUCUGACUGCAGCAUAGAAAAUUCACCUCUCCAUCCACGACAGCAUCCAAGGACCGAAGCAAAAACUGUUAUACCAUCUUCACCAUUACGGGAAAGAAGGGGUUCAAGUUCGCCUAAAGGAGGUAGUCAUGAUGGUUUAGCUCCCUUGACUCCCGGAAGAUCACGUCAACGAUCUGUUCCUCGGGGCAACGAAACCCCUGAUCGUGGUGCCACUGUCCCGAAAUUUGGUGACUGGGAUGAGAGUGAUCCAUCAUCAUCUGAGAACUACACUAAUAUUUUCACCAGAGUGCGCGAGGAGAGACAAACUGAGGAUGGAAGUUUGCCGGCUGGGACCAAUGUUUCUCGUAGUCGUAAUAGUUCUGGUGCUGAAAAUUCUAAGAGAUGUUGCUGUUUUCCAUGGGGAAAAUGACUGCUAGGCAUAGCAUGAAAUGGUAAUGGUGGGAAGUAGUUGUUUAAUGGAAAUCUUGAGUGCUGGCAGGUAUAUAUUGGCCAACAGCUUGGUGGUAAGGCUUUGUUUUUGGGUAUAUGCUCUAUGAUUGCCAUGUUCUUUCUCUUUUUUACUCUACAAGAUUGAAAACAGUUAUUAUUGUUAACGCAUAUAUUAUUUCAAAUAUUAUCCAACCAAGUGAUUAUCUUUGGUCGAAGCAAGGAUUAAAAAUUGCAGAGUACUGAUAUCAAUAGAUAUUUUUGUA